AAGAGAUGUCUGGGAGGUCCCCUGAAGAGAGUUAGGGCGCACAGUUUGUGUAAAUGUCCCGAGCGCUGGUUCACCGUUGGUCAUUCAGCUGCACGAGGUCCUCCGUAUCACUUCAGCUCGGGCACACCGAAGAGCGAGAAGUACGGUAGUAAUGUUGGGCUCAGAGGACCACGGAGAGACUCGCAAACGCAACGGGACCGGAGUGAAGCGUCCAUUUAGCCCUGUUGAAGACGGGACAUUGACUGAACAGAUCGGGCAAGAGGGUGUGUCUUCCGAUGUGGCGGAGUUUACGAGACAGGAUGGCCCACUUGCAAACCCUCGUCCAAAGCGGGAACGCAAACACAGGUCGUACACACUCUGCGAAGUGUGCAACAUUCAGCUGAACUCUGCAGCACAAGCACAGAUACACUACAACGGCAAAACACACCAGAAAAGACUCAAACACAUAAACAACAACAACACAGGUACGACUGCUCAGGGGAGCCCCCUGCUGGCCUCAUUACAGAUGCAGGGUCGUCCGCUGCACACACCUCUGGACUUGAAACACUUCCUACCCUUCCGGCUCAGUGGCUCCUCCCCCCUCAGCCUGUUCCCAAACUUCAAUACUAUGGACCCGGUGCAGAAGGCAGUGAUAAACCACACAUUUGGUGUUCCUCAGUCACUGAAGAAAAAACAGGUCAUCUCAUGCAAUAUCUGUCACCUACGCUUCAAUUCCACGAAUCAGGCAGAAGCCCAUUAUAAAGGCCAUAAACACACUCGUAAACUGAAGGCUUUAGAGGCUCAGAAGAACAAACAGCAGAGACGACAACUCGACAAUGCACAUCACAACCGAAACAAAGACAGAGAGAAGGAGCGAGAGAGGGACAGGGAGAGGGACGUGGACAGAGUGAAAACGAGCGCUCCAGUUCCACUUCCUGCCCUGCUGGAUGACAGCGCCGUGGAGGGAACUGCUGUCUGUGACUCAGACUCUGUCAUGAGGGUGGAUGAUACUCACUCCAGUUCGGUGGUCUUGACGCCGAUAUCGGAGGUGUCAUCUGCAGACCUGUCUAUCUCCUCUAUUCACUCCCAGCACCCAGACAGCGCACUGGAGCCCACUGGUGCCACCAGCGAGACAGGUGCUCAGCAGAACAGCCCAACAGGGGACACACAGACAGACCCCAAAAAAAACAAACAACAUCUGCACUGCCCUGUCUGCAAAGUCACCGUCAACUCCACCAUUCAGAUGGAGGCUCACAAUAGUGGCACCAAGCACAAACUAAUGUUGGAGGGACAGAGUGUGCUGCCACGACGACGAGGGAAAGCAAUGUCAUCCCGCCCCUCAUGUAAAAGCAAGCGAUUGGCCAGCAAAGGAAGUGUGGGUGUGGCCAACAAGAGCUUCUGCUGUGAAGUUUGUGAGAUCCAUGUCAACUCUGAGACUCAGCUCAGCCAGCACAUGAACAGUCGACGGCAUAAGGAUAGACUGGCUGGGAAGCCCCCCAAGCCCAAAUUCAACCCUCACACCAAGAGCCAGCCUACCUCAGCAGCAUCGCAGGGCAUCAGAUGGAAUGGUUAUGCCAGUGGUGCUGUGUCUGCAAUGAAGAAAGUUAUCAACCAAUGCAAUCUCUCCUCUCUGUCCUCACAGACUAAGCUGGUUCUACAGAAGCAAUUGACAAAAAAUUUGACCGCCAGCUUCCUUCACACCCCCUUAACUCCACCCACCCUCUGCACUGUUGCAGCAAAUCCGCAAUUCGCACUCCGUCACCCACCAGGCACUACCUUUAUUCAGACACCAAUCCUCGGCCCCGCCCUCUUUCGGCCAGCGCCCGGACCUCUGAGAGCCACGCACACCCCCAUUAUUUUUUCACCUUAUUGAUCACCCAAAAUGAGCUCAAACAAAACAAACCCUCUUUCAACAAGGGUGCACAUUUCCGUAAUUUAGUCUUAUGAUCCGUUCUCAGUGUUGACGGUCCGUGUACAAACUUUGUCUGUGCUCCUGCACUCUCCAAUCUGAUACAUAAAUACACACACACACACACAUAUAUAAACAAACACGCACUCUCAUAGUGUUCCCUAUCCUCUUCAAAGACUGUGCCCUAUGUGGGUCACUCUUGAACUAUGCAGCAAAGAGAGAAGAUGUGUGUUUGUGUGAGAGAGAGAGAGGCAGAGAGAGAGAGAGUAUAAAAGACCCGAAAGGGUGGAAACAAGACCCAUAUACUGUAUGGGAGGGGCCUCUACGUAAACAUCAGCCCACUAUGCAGAUGAGCGCAUUGGGCGAUUGACAGAAUGCUGAUGUAAGAAAUACUGAUAAGGAAAUGAAAGAGAAUUACUUUUAGAAGGAUAUUUAGCUUUGCUUUACGAGAUAUUUAUCAUUAUUCAGAUAUUAAUCAGGUUUUUAAUUCUAUAAUUUAUUAGAGAAAAGCCAAUUUUAGAGACCUAUAACUGCUUUAGCUGUUUGUUUAGUGAGGAAAUGCAACAUCCCUUUACUUGAUGCUUCUUUUUAAAAUUCUUUUUACAGUAUUUUCAAAUGUUAUUUGUCUUUUGUCAUUGUUCAUCUUGUUCCAUAUGCAUGGAAGUUUGCUGUUGUUCUGUGUAUUCACAUGCAUUUUGAGGAACCUCAUCUGACCGAUUUUUCUUACAAACACAAACCUCAUUGGUCUGUCAGUUUACAGAUGCGAAGGCUUUCCGUCAUGGGUAAUGACAGAGUAAUACUGAGUGUGAGUCUAAUAGGCGAAGGUGACAAUUUUGUAGCACGGCAAUGCUCUAAUUCUAACAAACAGACACACUCUCACGCACUCACACACUCCCAAUCAGUGCCCCAGUUUUCUUAGUGUUGAUGUGUAGAUUAGGUGAUUUGAGAUUGCAGAUGCACACACACAAUCUCAGAUGAGAUGGUUAUGGUUGAGUCACAAUGUGACAUGGCCUUUUAUGUCCACAUAUUUUGUUCUCAGUAUUCCCUCAUUGUGAUCUCACAAAGGUCAGUGUGCCUGUCAAAAUCUGUCCACGUCCCAUCUUGAUUAAGAUCUGAACCCAUACCGUAUCGUUUGUUUGUGUGCGUGUGAUCCAAAACCUGUCGUGGGUUCAUUAUUUCUUUGUUUCUAUUCAAUUGAAGGAAAAACAUUUACAUUUUGAUGCUGAAAUCUUCACUGAUUUAGGGCGUACUCACACUAGGCCCGGUUGCCUUGUACUGUGCCCAAGCACGAUUAUCCCCACUUCACCGCUGGCCUGCACUCGCAUUGCACUUAAUGUUCCAGGCCUGAGCACGCUUACGUCAUUACAAUGCGACUGUUUGUUUUGAAGAAAAUAGGAAGAAAAGCACUCUCGCACAGCAACUCUUAAGUCCAACAAGUCUAACGUUACAUACUUUGUGGCUUAUUUGGAGUCGUUUGGGGCACAGUGACACACGGCCCUCUCACAUGCCUAACUGUCGACAGCAUCGUACCACUGGAAUUGAUCCUUUUAGUCCGAUGAGCUGCCAGAUUUAGCUUCAGAUACUGAACCCGCAGUUUUUUCAACUUGUCACGACAUUGCUCAUUGGUUCUUUGGUGUCCACAUGCACAAAGAUAGUCGCAAAUUUGACCAAAUAUCUUGGAGUUCUUGUGUGUUGUAUCCAGUUGUUCUUGUAUACUCUCGUCUGCCCAAAUUUCCAGUAAAUACUGCACUUCUGCUGUAGACCAAAGUGAUCUCUUUGCUGGCAUGUUUGUUAAAUGAACAGUUGAAUCAUUGGCAUCAUGUUUCGAGUUCCGUGUUUGGCCACGGUUAGCGAUCACACUAGAUGCGUACCAUGCCUGAGCCAACCUCUUCAAGCGGGCCAAGGCACGGUUCAGCGUACCGGGCACGGUAUGGAAUGAUCACACUAGUAACAUUAACUGGACUUUGGGGGUCAAACGUGCUCGGGCACGGUACAGGUCGCCUAGUGUACACCCUUAGAUGCGGAGAGGAGCCAUUGCCAAAAUACUGUAUAAUGACUAUAAUUGGCGUCAGUGCAUACAUCAAUACGUUCUCUUGAAAGGGAUUUUCGAUGCAGGAUCAUUUUUUAAAUUAUGCUCACACAAUGCUCUGACAGAAAUUUAUUUAGGAAUAAAAAAACACACCGAUUACAGGUGUACUAUGGCUUUCUUCACACUGCACACAAAUCAGAUUUGGUUUUCAAAUCCGAUCUUUAAGAGCGACUGUCCGUACCGUCAUUUUGCAAGAGAUGGAAUCUAAUCUGUUUGUUAAGACUGUAUAGGCAAUAUCCAGCAUAUCUACAUUUGUUAAUAUGGAAACAGUGUAAGUGUUGGCACAAAGAUAUUUUCUUAUACAACAACUGAGAGAAGCUGUCAAAUAAACAACUAAGGAAUUUUACGCAUUCAUGCAA